CCGGACUUGACUCAGGAAUUUGCUGUCCAAACAGGAGGCUCUGGAAGCCAGCCCUCCCCACCCCCAGGGGGCUGGCCCUCGGAGGAGGCGCUUUAUAAGCCCCGGCUGGAGAAAGGACCCGUGGUCUGUCUCUUGCAAAGGAACCUCCAGCCUGGGGCUUGACUGCGUGAGUGAGUUGUUAGCGUCUGCCCCCCAAGAAAGCAGAAUGCAUUUUAGGGACUUUAACUACAAUUUUAGCUCCCUGAUUGCCUGUGUGGCAAACGGUGAUGUCUUCAGCGAAAGUGAAACCAGGGCCAAAUUUGAAUCCCUCUUCAGGACGUAUGACAAGGACAUCACCUUCCAGUAUUUUAAGAGCUUCAAGCGAGUCCGAAUAAACUUCAGCAACCCCUUAUCUGCAGCUGACGCCAGGCUGCAGCUGCACAAGACUGAGUUUCUGGGGAAGGAGAUGAAGUUAUAUUUUGCUCAGACAUUACACAUAGGAAGUCCACACCUCGCUCCGCCCAAUCCAGACAAGCAGUUUCUCAUCUCUCCUCCCGCCUCUCCGCCCGUCGGCUGGAAACAAGUGGAAGAUGCCACCCCAGUCAUAAAUUACGACCUUUUAUACGCUAUCUCCAAGCUGGGGCCAGGCGAGAAGUAUGAGCUGCAUGCAGCCACAGACACCACCCCCAGUGUGGUGGUCCACGUGUGUGAGAGUGACCAAGAGAAUGAGGAGGAGGAGGAGAUGGAGAGAAUGAAGAGACCCAAGCCCAAAAUCAUCCAGACAAGGAGGCCAGAGUACACGCCUAUCCACCUCAGCUGAACUGGCUCUCAGACCAAGACGGCGCGUCCUGAACCCUACUCACAGGGAGGAAUCUUUUACUGUGCAGGUGGCUGGUCAUAGCUUUGGAGGUGACAGCCGUGACCACUGUGGCAGAAAUUCCAGUUCAUGUCGCUCAGACGAGAAUCAAGGCUUCAUCUCCUUGUUCUGAUACUGCACCUCAGUCCAUGUCCAUGGCACCUGGGAAUGCCUUGGGCCAUUCACUGAGUUUGUGGUAAAUCACACAAGGACAUUUGGGGACAUCUCGAGGGGACUGGCAAUGAUAGUGUCUUGUACUCACUCUUUUCUAGGUUCUGUUUUUGCCAAGGACAGGGAGAGAUUUCUGGGUCCAGCCCCCGCUGGUAGGCAGAGGCACCCCACAAAGCCACCACAUGUGAAGUGCAGAAAGGUUAUGGGGCAACCCCAGCACCUGUGGAAACCGUCCUCAUCUCUCCCUCAUGUUCUGAUGCUCAUGCAUGUAUUUUACUGGGUUCCAAGACUAACCUUUGUUCGUGUAUGAAUCCCGCUGUGGUUUCCAUCUCGGGACCCUGGAAAAGCUCUGGCAAACUGGCCUGCCCGGGUCCCUCGCCCUCUCUGCGACAGCACCCACACAUGGGGUCGCACCCGUGACGGCCACGCGUCACCCUGUCCAGGGCACCAUGUCACUUGUGCUUUCUUGCAAAAGUUCCCGUGUAGAGUUUAGCUUAGACGGUGGAGAGGACAGCAGUUUCACUGCCAAGUGUCUUUGGCGGGAGGGAAGUUGUAGGUUAGGCGUUUGGGUUCAGACAUCAGUUUCCAUUGUUUCUCUCAUGUAGUGGUUUGUGUGUGAAUUUCAGUCAAGAACCUCUUCGGGAACUGUUGGUUGAGACAGUUUUUCACCCAUUGAAACGUGAAGAUAAACUUGUAAAUAAAGCCAAGAGCAUAUCUUAUUACCUGUCGUGCACCUGGGUGAGACUAGAGGGCAGGAGUCUCGAGCUACCUGUGACUUGUAUGUGGUAGAAAUUACUGUCAUGUGUUUAACGGGAUGAAUUUGGAGCAUGUAAAGUCAUAGCCGUGUGUUGCUAGAGGGACACAGUGCCUUUCCCCUUCCAUCCAGAUGGACCGUGACACUCGGUGAGCAUCUGGGAAUUUCCCCUUUUCUAGUCAUCGUGUGUGUGUCUGGUAAAUAGGUCUUCUAUUUUGGUCUUACAAUGCCAUUACAAAGUUUGUCACUCGGAAAUAACCUAAUGCCAAUUAACAAUGCAUGCUUUGGGAGUUGGGAAAGUGGUCUCCUCUGAGGAGUAAAUGUGUUGGCAUUCAGUUUUCCAUUAGUUGGCAAUGAGAAAUGGAUUGAAUGUUCUCCAAACCCUGUUUACAGUGCUCAGGGGGAGGAGGCCAGCAAGGGAGAGACCGUCGCACCCUGCCCCGGUAUUUCUAGUCCAGUGCUUUUGAGCCGAGAGGCUCACCUCAAAGAUAUUUUUUUUAACUGCAUUCUAUAAUAAAUCAGCACAAUAUGCUCUUCUGGAAAA